AUGGCGAGCUGGUCCGGGACGCCCUCGAUCAAGGGCAACACCGAGGCGGUGCGAAUGGUGUUGUUGAACUUUAUCACCAUUGGCGUGACCUUCACAUGGGGCGUUGAAAUGACAUAUUGCACGCCGUAUCUGCUUAACCUCGGCCUUAGCAAGAGCAGCACAUCUCUAGUUUGGAUUGCUGGUCCAUUAUCCGGCCUCGUGGUCCAGCCCAUCGUCGGAGUCAUUGCGGACGAGAGCAAGUCAAGAUGGGGUCGUCGACGACCGCUCAUGGUCAUUGGCUCUAUAAUUGUCGCCAUUAACCUUCUCAUCCUUGGCUUCACACGAGAGAUUGUGGGAUGGGUGGUGAAAGACGAGGAGGGGGCGAAACGUCCUACAAUAGUGCUAGCUGUUCUGGCCAUCUAUGUUGUGGACUUUGCCAUCAACGCUGUCAUGUCAUGCGCAAAGAGUCUCGUCGUCGAUACUCUACCAUUGGAUAAGCAACAGUCGGGCGCAGCUUGGUCGAGUCGCAUGUCUGCCAUCGGCCACAUGAUCGCUUAUGGUGCUGGAGCUGUUGACCUGGUGCAAAUAUUUGGAACCACGCUCGGCUCUACGCAGUUCAAGCAGCUCACUGUCAUCUCGACAGUGUCCAUCCUAGCCUCCACAGCUCUCACAUGCUGGGCCGUCACAGAGCGCAUAUUGAUCUCAUCCAAGCCUACACAGCAUCAGGGACGGUUCAAGGUCUUCCGUCAGAUCUACUCAACGCUGCUUAACCUUCCUCCUCGAAUCCAAUCCAUCUGCUGGGCCCAGUUCUGGGCGUGGAUCGGCUGGUUCCCCUUUCUCUUUUACAGCACCACAUGGGUAGGCGAGACGUACUUCCGCUACGAUGUGCCGGCCGACGCGAGAAAGACCAAGGAUACUCUUGGAGCGAUUGGGCGCAUUGGCAGCACUGCGCUCGUCAUCUACUCCAUCAUCACAUUUGUCGGGGCUUGGGUGCUGCCCAUGUUUGUGCAGUCGCCUGAAGACAAUUCGUAUACUCACCGGCCGCCCCAGGCCAUCGCAGGCUUCUUGACACGCUUCAACAAGGUGAAGCCGAGUCUACUCACUGCAUGGAUGAUUGGGCACUUGAUGUUUGCUGGCGCCAUGUCCUUGGCGCCCUUUGCGACGAGCUUCCGAUUCGCGACAGCACUAGUGUGUCUCUGCGGCAUACCGUGGACACUCGCCAUGUGGGCACCAUCCGCCUUUCUCGGCGUUGAGGUCAACAAACUCAGCGGUGGCGCCGGUGCCGACGGCACAUAUCGUCGCAUCUCGGACGAGCCCGAUAUCGAGCUGCCAGAACUCGACUCGGAUGAGGCUCCUCUGCGUCUAGGGCAUGGGCCCGGCGACUCACCUCCUACAGCGUCGACGGGCGAGCUAUCAGGUAUCUACUUUGGUAUUCUCAACAUCUACACGACACUACCACAGUUUGUCGGAACCUUCAUCUCCACCAUCGUGUUUUCCAUCUUGGAGCCAGGCAAAAGCCCUGAGCUGGCUGGAGACUCGAAGGAACCGUCAGAUCCUACUGGACCAAAUGCGAUUGCGGUUUGCUUGUUCAUCGGCGCCAUGAGCAGCUUGGUCGCGGCGCAUGUAACGCGGAAGCUGAAAGAUCUAUAG